UCUAAGCCGGUGCUCUGCGGCACCCCACGCCCCGCGUCCCGGCUCCGCGCCCCCUCCCUGCUCCUCAGCCCGGCCCCCGCCCCGGUCCAGCCUAGCCUGGCCCGGCCGCCAUGGAGCGCUGGGCUUGGCCGUCGGGCGGCGCCUGGCUGCUGGUGGCGGCCCGCGCGCUGCUGCAGCUGCUGCGCGCAGACCUGCGGGUGGGCCGCCCGCUGCUGGCGGCGCUGGCGCUGCUGGCCAUGCUCGACUGGCUGUGCCAGCGCCUGCUGCCCCCGCUGGCCGCACUCGCCGUGCUGGCCGCCGCCGGCUGGAUCACGUUGUCCCGCCUGGCGCGCCCGCCGCGCCUGCCCGUGGCCACUCGCGCGGUGCUCAUCACCGGCUGUGACACUGGCUUUGGCAAGGAGACAGCCAAGCAACUGGAUGCCAUGGGCUUCACGGUGCUGGCCACCGUGUUGGACUUGGAUGGCCCCGGUGCCCGCGAACUGCGUGCCUGCUGUUCUCUUCGCCUAAAGCUGCUUCAGAUGGACCUGACCAAGCCAGCAGACAUUAGCCGUGUUCUGGAGUUCACCAAGGCCCACACCUCCGGCACAGGCCUGUGGGGCCUGGUCAACAAUGCGGGCCACAACGACGUGGUGGCCGAUGUGGAGUUGUCGCCGGUGGCUACGUUCCGCAGCUGCAUGGAGGUCAACUUCUUUGGAGCGCUAGAGCUGACCAAGGGCCUCCUGCCGCUGCUGCGCCGUUCCAGGGGUCGCAUCGUGACUGUGGGCAGCCCGGCCGGAGACAUGCCCUAUCCCUGCUUGGCCGCCUAUGGGACCUCCAAGGCAGCCAUAGUGCUGCUCAUGGACACAUUCAGCUGUGAACUCCUGCCCUGGGGGAUCAAGGUCAGCGUUAUCCAGCCUGGUUGCUUCAAGACAGAAUCUGUGCUGAACGUAGGUCGCUGGGAGCUGCGCAAGCGGCUGCUGCUGGCUAACCUACCUGGAGAGCUGCUGCAGGCCUAUGGUGAGGACUACAUCGAGCACUUGCAUGGACAGUUCCUGCACUCGCUUCGCCUGGCGCUGCCCGACCUCAGUCCGGUCGUAGAUGCCAUCACUGAUGCGCUGCUGGCAGCCCAGCCCCGGCGCCGCUAUUACCCGGGCCGCGGCGUGGGGCUCAUGUACUUCAUCCAUUACUACCUGCCGGAGAGCCUGCGGCGUCGGUUCCUGCAAACUUUCUUCAUCAGUCCGUGUCUGCCACGUGCACUGCGGCCAGGUCAGGCCGGCCCCACUCCUGCCCAGGAGGCAGCCCAGGACCCAAACCAGAAUCCAGGCCCUUCCCCAGCUGCGGCCUGGUGAGCGGGCACACAUAUGGCCCAGCUGCUCCAGCACAGGAGGCUCAAUGAGCCCUCGGCCCUCCCCUGGGCAUUGUGAGCCCCCAAGUUUUUCCUAAAGCCUGGCUCAGAAAGCCCAGCCCCAUCUGCUGCUGGGCGUCCCAUGCCAGGCCCAGAGAGGCUGAGGUUUUCCAGGGAGCCUCCAGGCCUCUUCACUGCUUUAUGAGCCCAAACAGGCCCUCCUGGGCACCACGCUCCACCCUGCAGCUUGGAUGGGGAGUGUAGUGCGAGACUUAGCUGUAGCCUUUCACAGGACCCAGCAGACAGCGCUUCUGCAGACUAAGGAGCGACUGGGCCGGCUGGGGGCCCUCUCAGGACUGCUGCUUGGCACCAGUGCCUCAGUGCUGAGAUUCAGAGAGUGAAUCCCAACUGCCUCUUGACUGGCUCAAGAAUUAGGGCCCCAGUCACCCACCCCAAGCCCCCAAGCCACAGGGAGGCUGCACACCCUACUGGCUGGAUUGCCACUUUUUAAAUAAAGACAUUUUAUUUCUCCUAGAAUAGGGGAGAUGCUGUGUUUGCCAUGGGUGACUGCCUAGUUGUCUAGAUGGCAGGGUAUGGCUGUGUGACAGAAGCUGGAAACUGCCUGGGGAGGUCCCCAGGUUGAACAUGGGGCCAGGGCUCUGGGCACAGACCUAACUGGGCUCCCUGGCAGACUGUGGUUCACACUUCUCUACUCCCCCCACGACCUUGAGCAAAUAACUUAUCCACAAGUUUGGGUUUCCUCAUAGGGAAAUGGGGUAAUAACCCUUAUCCCAGAAAGUUGUAGGGCUCAGUCAAUCAAAUACAGAAGCCUGGGGCCCUCUAGGCCAGGACCCCAGCUCCACAGGCCUCUCUCCAUCUAAGACUCCAGCAGAGCAGGGGUUAUCCACCAGACUCUGCCCCCCACCCCACCCCUCACCCCAAGGAAUCUGGGCUGCAGGCUGAGAGAGGGAGCUAGAAGGCUGAGGCAGGGAUGGGCUCAGCAAGGGUAGGGUAAGAAGAGAAUCUGGAGGUCUGGAGAGGCACUAGGGCUCAAAUGAGACAGCAGACAGAUGGGCUCAGAGAGAGCAGCUUUAUUAUCUCAGGAAUGGUGCAUAGGGAGGGAGCUGUGGAGCUACUCCCCCUCCUCUACCUCCCAAGCACACAGAUACUCUAUCUUUUUCCUGGGCCAUAAGAGUGACCUACGAAAGGGAGAAGGGGCUCACGCUGCCUCCAGGGGUUCUCAGGUUGGGGAGGGGCAUGAAAGUGACCACCUGCUUCUCAGAUAUGUCAGUGGCUGUAAACAUAGGGCUAAGGGGCCUUCCUGCUCUGGAGAGGGCUUGGUCCAUCCUUGGAGUGGGGAGUAGGUGCCUAGCCCCUUUUCAGACCCAAGAGCAAUCUCAGAGAGGGUCACGGAAGCUGGGCAGCUGCAGGGACAAGGUGCUUCCCCCCAGGGCUCUGUCACAGCACACACAGACACACACAGUGCACUUGUGGGGAGUCUUGCGUCAGGGCGCUAGAAGAUGGGGAUGUAAUUGUCGAUCUUUGCGCGGUGGCGCUGAGCAAUGCACUCAGCAAUCCAUACUAUGUUGCGGCACUCUUGCUCCUUGAGCUUCACAAAGGCGUAGAAGACACCGAAGUGGAACUGGUUCAGGAAGGCCAACUUGUUCAGCUUCACCUGUGAACACAGACAGGUGUGGUGGACCGGCGGCCAUGGCCAAAGGAUCGGGCGAGCCACCAGCCCCUUCCUAGGAUGGGCAGGCCCUGCAGCACCCUGCGCUUACCUCAUGCUCGAAGAAUCGAUCCUCCAGAGUCUUGUCUCCGGGGUUGCUGCCUGCACCCUCGAAGAGCAGCUUAUAUUCCUGGCCCAGGGAGAGGGGUGGGAAGCAUGAGCAUGUGGGGGCUGCAGGGUUGGGGGCACAGUGCCAAAAUGCCCAUCAGCAUCCUGUCAGCCAGGACACUCACCGGGUAGUAGUCAGCCACAUUCUUAACCUGCUCAUAAUCGUCAGCCCGGGCCAGCUGGGCCAGACCCUCAGGGUAGAGCCGCCCACAGUGCGGAAAGAGCUUGGCACGGUCCUCCUUGGACAGCUCUGUGCCGAAGGAGUUGAUGGUGAUGAUGAAGGCGCGGCGGUCAGCUUCAAACUGAGAAGCCAGUGUGCAGGCAGCAGGGAGAGAAGGAGGGGGAAAGGGAGGCAGUGGCCCAUCAAUAGGUAGGGGUUCACUCUAACCAGGGCUACCCAGGUGGCAGGCAGAAAGGGAAGCGAGUACUCACCUCCAGGAUGGGGCACAUGGCAUCGGCUGUGGUACCACCCAGCAGGGUGCAGAACUUGUAGAAGGACUCCAGGUAGGCCUGUGCAGGGCAUGGGGCUUGCUCAGCCCAGGCUGGGAGGUUGGGGUGGGGGUGGGGGUCUUGUGGGCCUCCCACUCCCACUUCCCUCCCCCAUCCCCAGCCCCUUUCAUGAUGUGUCCCAACACCACAUCCAUGGAUUGGCCAGGGCAGCCUUCAUGUCAAAGCCCUUGAAAAAUUCCCAAUUUCCAACUGCUAAUCAGCCAAGUAGCAGUAGCCUGCUGCCUACCACCCAGGAGUGACAAGGUAGCUUCUGGCUGGCUGACUGCCUCAGGGCACAUGCCUCCCACCCCUCAACUCAAAGAGGGCCAGGCUCAGAGGCAGCCGCUGCCUUCCCCAAACCACCUCUUCCUCAGCCAGCCAGGCCCAUGGCUUCCACAGGUUAGUGAGGGCAGAGUACUCCUGAGAAUUCCCAGAGAUGGCCUGGAAUGGGUGGUCUGACAUCUGCCAGCCACUGGCCCCACUCUGUACCCUGUCUCAGAGAAAACCUCCUCCUCCCAUGCCCCAGGCAGCCCCCGGGCAUCACACAGCAGGAACCAAAUUGACAGUCCAGUUCCCGCUGAGGGAUGGUUAUUGCCUAUGAGGACAUCAGCCAUGUCAUGCAGUGGCUGGGCACUCAGCUGCUGGUGGGAACAAGCACUUCCUGCCCAAGCAAAUUGGAUCUACUGAGCACGAGGGGAAGAAGGGUCAGCCCAGGCCCUUCCAGCACUCACACACAGAACCAGCCAGGCACAGGCUUUCUCCCCACCCCCAUGUGCCAAGGAAGGCAGCUUGUAGCCUCUAUGGAGAGCCCCCUUGCAUGGACAUCCUUCCCAGUUCCAUCUAGUGGCACAGUCACAGGGUUUCCGGCUCCACAGGCUAUUCUUCAGAGUUCGGGGAGGGAGAGCUGAGAAGUGUGGGGAGCUUACUAAGCUGGAGGCUGCCCUUCAAGGUACACAGACCUUCCUACCCACCACCAGCUGACUUGGGCCCACAGGCUCUGGGCCCUGAAAAAGGAGAUCUCGGGAGACCCAGGAGUCCAUGAGCCUAGCCUAGCCUGGCCAGCAGCAGUGGGCAACCUGGGAUCAGAGUAAGGCCUGAGGGUGACCACUGGGGCCACAGGAAACAAAAGCCUACAGCAGGUCAGGAGGGAAGAAAUCUGGUAGGGGACAAUGGACCCCAGGACAGAGGAUUCCCAGAGGCUGGAAGGCCUAGGUGGCAGAGAUGGCUGCCAACCCCUACGAUGGCUUAGUGGUGCCAUUUAGUCCUUCUAGGAGUCUGUCCCCAGCCACCACUUCCUCCAAGGCCAGCCAAGCUGGCUGUGCCUGAACCCCCAGGACUGUCCCAGUGGGGCCUGUAGUUGCUUAUCUGUAGAGGAAGCCACCAGCCAGGUCUUGGGCUCCAUGCCCUGCCACCAGCCCAUUUCUUAGCUGAGCCAUGCAGGUCCUUGGGAAGGCUGACCCCAGGGUCAGGGAGUCUGGUAAGACAGGCCCAGAUGAUCCUCUGGAAGUCAGGGUAGCUAAAGAAACCGGCAAGACCCCACAGCCCAGGUACCAAGGUCACCUCCCCACUCCACCCCCUCUGCCAGCCCAUGGCUGCUGUACCAGCUGUCCACAGUUCCCACCCGUCGGCCAGCCGAGGGUCUGCCUAAUCUCCCAUCUGUGGCCACUGGGCUGGGACAUCGUCUGAUGGGCGGGAGGCCCUGGCACAGGGCCCGCAGCACUGGGUCGGUGUUUACGAGCUGGUGCCCAGGCUGCUCUCGCCAGCAACUCUAGCUAGAACCAGUCAGGCCCGGUGAGGGUGAGGCUGGGGGACAGCCGCACCCCUCACCCUGUCUCAGGGCAGGGAACCCGGCAACGGGCCAGCUGGGCGGGUGGGAGCCCCAGGAGCACGUGAGUGCGGGCGCAUACACACCCACACACCCACUUGGCUGACUGGCUGGCCUGCCUCCCUGUUAGCGGGGUGAGUGAAAGCACUGGCUUUGCAAACAGGCUGAGCCAGGUGUGAGCCCUGGUGCUGCCAGUGACAUGCUGUGUGGCUCAGGCAACCCACCCCACUUCUAAGCCCUCGGUUCCUUCAUUUUACAAAUGGAGACAAUGAUGCCCACCUAGCUUCUAGGGAGGUCCUAAGGACUAAGGAAGUCGAUGAUCUCUAGUCUCGCCCCCUCUGAUCUGUCCUCCACAGUAUGGACAGAGGAGCUUCCUUAUGAUAUUCAGCCUGCUGGAAACCUUCACUGGCUGACCGUGCACACCGUUCAAACGUCUGUGUCUGCCUCUUCUUCCUGGUCUCUUUCUUGCUGUUGUCUAUAACCUGUACUUCAGCCCCAGCAAAGCACCUGCCAUUGACUGGUGCUCCAUGCUUUCCCUCUGCCUGCAUCACUGCAACCUCCAGGUGGGCCCCUUGCCUCCCACCAGCCCCUCCCUGUGCUCUGUCCAGAGCAAUCUCUGUGGGGAGACUAGAGGGCCUGGGCUCAGGCUGCGGCUGGGUGUUGGCCAGGUAGCUCCAGCCUUGGCAGGAGGGGACCCUCACUGAAAAGAUCUGACAGACAGAUGCUUGAAGGGUUAAGUCAGCAGGUCCCUUGAUCAGUGCCAUCCUCAGCCCCUCUUUGGGGCCUGCUCACUGCUGAUCCAUGUUCCUGGUUGCAGCCCAUCAGUACCUCUCAAUGGCCAGAGCCUGGUCUGUCCCAAUCGUCCCUGACUGGCCCUGGCCAGCCCCCUUCCUUUCCUCCCACCCUAGCUCUUAACCUCUCUUGGCCAGGGCAGUGCUAACCCAGGAAUCUCAAACCCACUCUCUAUCUCCAGGGGGCACCCAGUCUAUGCCACAGCCUGGUGGAGAGCAAAAGGUAGAUGGGGGUUAAGGAUGGUGAGAAGUGGCGCUAAUGCUGGGCCUGGGAACCUGAAAGGGACACAGGGACUUGGCUAUGCCAGGCUGGGUCCCCACCCCCACGGUAUGUAAACACACUGUUGUCUUUGCUCGAAUGCCUGUCCUUGCUGGCAACAGUCCAGGUGGGGUGGGUCUGAGGGCUACGGCCUGGGUGGUGGCCCGUGACCCACCUGCGUGCAGGAGCAGCUGUCUAGGAGCCAUCUCUGACAGGCCAGGCUAGAGAGCACCAAUCCCUCCUGCUGAUCUUAUCUGGGCCCGCUGCGGGUGCCACGGGAUGGAGAACCUGUUCCAUGUAGCCUUGCACCCAUCGCAGGAGCCAGAGAGUGAGCGGAUAAGCCCCUGGGACAGGAGCCUGGUGUGGCUGUGUCCUGUCCCAGCACCUCACAUAAGUCACCGUCCCACUGUGCCCCAUGAUCCCACCCACUUACAGGCCAAUCCCCCACUACUUGUGUGGUAUGCUACCUUGUAGAGUGUGUUUCGGAUAAUCUCGAUGUUCAUCUCAUCCAGGUCCUGCUCUGAGAUGCAGUCCUGGAAAAAAGCCGCUGGGCAGGAAAGUCAAGGGUAUGAGGGGUAGGAAAGUGGACUUGGCCUAGGUGACAGCCCUGCUCUCAGCUGCCUCUGCAGGGUACAGAGGGCCUCACCACAGCCCUAUCUGGCUGGGGCGGGGGGCGGGAGGUACCUAAUCAGUUCUGGGCUAUUGCCUUGGAAGUGGCAGAAGCAACACUCCAGGCCACGUGGACUGACCUGGGCUGCUUCUGCCUCCUUGUUCCUAAAACUGAUUUAUAAAGGAGGCGGCCAGCCACAGCAUGAUCUAAUCACUGCUGGGGCAGACCCAAGCUCAGAUCAUGCCAAAGGCAGGCUUGCAUAAGAGGCCAGGACACCCUCCCUUCUGGAGGGGCAGCUGUGGAUUUGAGGCCUGUCGCCUGCUUCUUUACAUCCCCCAGGAGGGCCUGGGGCCCACAACUGGAGAACCAGCCUCCCCCUUAGGACAAGGAAUGAGUCCGACAGCUGGUGGGCAUGGACCAGUGACCUACGUGGCCUCUGUCAGGCUGGAGGUAGAGGCUGGAGUGGGACAGAGCACCCUCACUCCCCAGGUGGGCCUGAAGACUCGCUGGCCUGCCUGUCUUCUCUUUAAAGAUGAAGAAACUGAAGCCACAAAUAGCCCAGAACUAGCUCAGGGUUACUGGAGAGACUCCAUGGCAGGCAGGCCAACAGGUAGAGCUCAGACCUCUCAGCCCAGGACCUAGUGCAGCUUAAAGCCCUGUGGUUCAGUCCUGGCAGCUUCCUGGAGGUAGUGCCUUGGGGCCAAGAACUCUGACUCUGAGGGCACCAGCUGGUUAUGGCCUUAGCACUUUCUCUCCAGCCUCCAAGGCAGGCAGGAGCAGGCACUGCUAGGUAAGGCCCUGUAGGAAGCUCCCUCUUGCCCUUCCUUCCUGGGCCUCUGACACGGACCCUGCAUCCUCUGGGGCACUGCCUGGCCCAGCCCCUGGGACCUGCCCAGUGGAAGCAAGUGAAGCUGUUUGCUCCUUAACUCUGACUCUCAAGAAGCCACUCCAGCCCUGUGCGGUCUCCAGCGUGGGACCACAGUCUGCCCCCAAGAGCUCUCAGCCCCCAAGGGACUCAGGCCUUUUUCUCUAUUCUUCAUGAGCUCAGUCUCCCUCUGCAUUCUGAGAAUCCAGACAGUUGGACAAAGCCAGGUGAUCCGAGUCAGGCCCUGGGGGUGGCCUGAUUGGUCCAGCAAAAGCAUAGGAAAGCAGAAGAGGGUAUGAGAAGAGAAUGGGAGGGAGAUGCUAAGGGGGAGGAUAAAGGUAAGUAGCAGCGAACAAGUCUCACUUUUCAGCUCAAGGUCACCCCCCGGGGGUCUGUGAAUUCCAUAUGGAGGCACUGACACUGACCUCAUCUGGCCGUCUCCUCCCUCCUCCGGCACAGUGGCUUACCCAGCGGCGUGUCCACCAGAAUGGCAUUGUAGAGCUCGGCAGGGGUCUGUGCAAUGUUCACGGCCUCCAUCUGCUCGAAGCUGCCUAGCGGGUGACACUUAGGCACCAGCUCGGCGAUGGAGCGCUGGUGCAGUGUGCCUGUGAUGAGCAGGAUGACGUUGUCGAUCAUGUAGCUGUAACUAUAGGAGGCACACAGCAACACAGGGGGUGGUUUAGAAAUCUUGGGCCAGCACCAAGGCCCUGCCCAUACUGCACGGGUCACCAGGCCCAGAACAAUGCAUGCGGACUCAUGGUUGCUUUGGAUAAUCACCGCUGACUCGCCUCCCUCCUUGCCCUUUGCUCCCAGCAUCAGGAGCAAAGGAUGGAUGUGAGCACUCUGUCAGGGGGGCAUUCAGACCCCAUGAGAGAAUUGAGAAACAAGUAACUACCCUACAGGACACAGGGAACUGUGGGCACAUGGAGGUGAGGUGCACAGCCCCACCAGCUGUGGUAGGGGGCAGGAACCUGAGAGGUAAAAGGCCUGGAGGAGGAAACUGUGUGCAAAGGCCUGGAGGCCCUGAGCACGGAUGCAUUCGAGGAAUCAAGCAUGGUCAGGAUCAGCAGGCAUGAAGGAUGCAGCAGCUGGCAGGGCAGUGCCGUCGGCCGGCCGGGCAGGGCCGAGGCUCUGAACUUCAGGCCGAGGCGCUAGGGACCCCUGCUUGGGAUGUAAGCAGGGAGUAUUGUGGUCCAGUUAGGGUCACCCUGGCUGCUGGGUGGGGACAGACAGUGAGAGGGGGAGGUGAAGAUGGUGUGGGAGGAAUGGCUGAGGAGUAGGGUAGAGAGAAGCUUCCUUACAGCAGGGCAGAGAGGAGGAUCCCAAGACCAGGCAGAGACAGAGCAGGCAGACGGCUACCCUACAGACCCCCACUCCCAAGACGGAUAAUCGCCCUCCUCCCUUUGGGUCCUAGCCAGGGCCAAGCAUCAUCUCAGGAUGACCUGGAGGAGACCCAGAGGCCUGGAUAGGAGGCUGGGCUUAGGUCAGUCCAGGCUAAUGCUUGCUAAGGCUCUCUGCCCUGCAGAAGGCCAACCCUGGAUGGCAGUGUGGGCAGCAGAGGGGGCUGUGGAGCUGGGGAGGGGCAGUGCUGCCUCCAAUGGACGAGGCGCUGCCUUCAACCAGCAAGGUAUUGUUGCAAAGGGGUUGGGGCAGAAAGUUUUGUGCAGUCACCUCAGUAGGGUGUGGGGUAAAGAGGGGAAGAGAGCCCCAGCCCACAGGCAGGCUGCACCAGCCAUCACUUUCUUCCAGCCCGUCACCAGUAGUGAACUCAAGGCACAAGAAAGCUGGGUGAGACCUGUGGAGAAUGUUCUUCAAGGCCAGGGUGAAGCUUCCAUAGAAGAGUGACGGCUGGGGCUGAGGCUGCUGCCCUGAACGUGGCACUGAGUGCAGGUCCUGCCCCAGCUUUUGGUGGGUCCUGAGCUGGGUCCUUGCCCUGAAAGAGUCUCUUGAGCACCCAGUGCUGAGGGUAUCCAGGGAAGAUCCGUGGUAGGAGAUAGCCCCCAAUAUUGAGAGAAGAAAAGAAGGGAGGUGGUGGCCAGAGCUUCAGACCUCAGCUCAGAGGGCUGGCCACUGGGCUAGCUCCCACAGGGCCCUCCAGGAAGGUGGCAGAAGAAAAAGACCACAGCCCCUGUCCUGGACUGACCUUCGUUGCCCCCGCUUGCUACACAUUCCCCCAGCUCCCACCCAGCCCGGCACCCUGCUAUGACCUCUGCUCUCCUGGGCCUGGGGCCAGGCAGCUGCCCUCUUUUCGCCCCUGAUCCAGCUGGGUCAGCUGCAGGAUGUGCACUGAGAAGGGACAAGCCUCUCCUUCCCAAACUGAGGGCCUCAGGCGGGGUCCAUUUACAGCUGUGAGCCAAGAGGCCCAAAUGGCCAGCCUUCUGACCCUGAGCCCACAGAGCAAGCCCACCAAAGCUUUGUGACUGGGCCUUCAGGCCCAGCCUGCAUCUUCUUCCCUCCUGUCCCUGAGGCCUCCAGUAUCUCAUCGGCCCCAGGAUUCAUGCUAUACAUCACCUUCCCGCAGCCCGCCUCCUGCCCCAAUCUGGUCCCAUUGUGGCCAUUGUGCUCCGAGUCAGCCCUAGAGAUCCACCCUUGAGCAUUCGGAUGCUCUUUUAUGCUCCCAUCACCCUUUGUUGAGGGAAAGAGAGAACUGCACACUCCUUCCUUGUUGUGUGCUGUUGAGUCGAUUCUGACUCAUAAGGACCCUGUAGGAUAGAGUGGAACUGCCCCGUAUGGUUUCCUAGUAUUUAAUCUUUACAGGAGCAGAUCAUCAGGUCUUUUCUCCUAUGGAGGUGCUGGUGGGUUCAAAUCACCCACCUUUCAGUUAGCAGCCGAGUGCUUAACAACUGCACCACCAGGGCUUACCCCUCAGGCCCUCUUAUCUGCAUGACCCUACAAUCACUAGCAUCACCAGCCCCAGUGUCAGAGGAGAUAUGGCACAGAGGGCCAGCACCAGGUCUGUGUCAUACCAUAAGGCAGAGGAGCUCUAUGGCCCCAUGCCCAGGGGUCCCCAUGCCCUGGCUCCACACUCCCCACCCAGUCUUGUCUUCUCAGAGGAAUCCCCACAAGCCAGUUUUCUCAUUCUGAAGCCCCCUGUACCCCACAACUCAAGGUAUCUGUUUAUGCUGGGGGCAGGGCCCAAGGGAGGUACCUUGGCACCCCGAGCCCAGGCCUGGAAGGAGGGCCCUGGGGGAAGAUGCUGUCACCCGGUUUUGCUGCUGUCCCUCCAGCGAUGUGGAACGGGCCAGCUAUGAUUCAUUUGUCGGCCCUGACAGCAGACGUUAGGCUGGUGGUCGGACCAACCCCCUCCCCGCCGGCUGCCCCCAGCCUCUCCUCCUGGAAGCUCUGGCUGGACACCAAGGGCAAUGCUGAGCCAAGCAGGGGCCUCUCACUAUCACCCCACCCCAGCCCCUUCCAAGGCCUGCUUCUAACCUAGGCUGGGCCAGCCUGGGCACUCUGGUGCCAAGCCCUGCACUCUCCUUGCCCGAGUAGACAAGUCUCACUGUGCAGUGGCCCCCACAGAGGCUGGGUCUGCCUGGCACAGCCUACUUUUCUCUCCUGCCCAGUGGGGGCCAGGAUCCUCUUUCCUGGGAGAAAGGAGGCAGGGCAGGCCUGGCAGAGAGGAUGCUGGCCCAGCUGUCUGCCUUUCCCCCAAGGUCAAAGCCUUCAGCAGGCAGGGAAGCCCUCCUCCUCCUUGCCUGGCUUCAGCAGCUGCCUCCCUGGCCCCAGAAAACCACUCCACCAUUCCUCCCCUCACUUGGCCUCAAUAGGAGAGAAUGAAGUUCCAGCUGGUCAGCGUCCCUCUCUAGAAGAAGACAGCUGGGGAGUGGACGGCCGGCUGCCCGCCAGGCCAAAGAGGUCCUUGUGGGGUGGGGGUGGGGCAGCCUGUAUUCCUCUGCCCAGAGGCUCUCUCUCACCCUGUGCCUUCAAGACUCAGCUUGGGACCACAGAAGUCUCAGACUGGAGUUUAGGAAGCCACUUCCUCCAAGAAGCCUGCAGAGCCCCUAGCUAAGCCCUAACCCUCUGCUGUGCCCUUUGGCGCCACCUGCUGGAGCAUCAUGGCUUUGUUCCACAGUCUCAUCACCAGCAUGGGCCUGGUGCUGCUGAAGAGGCCAUGUCGACUAGGUAGACCUCCCUGCCCAUUCACUGGCAGCUCCCAGUAGGGGCUUCCAGGAGCAACUAGCGACACUACCCGUGCCCAACCACAUCAGGGUGCUGCCGAGCUCUUCCCAGGGUGGAAAGUGAAGAGAAACAUCAGCCUUAGCCUCAGCAUACUAUCUCUCAAGUCUCAGUUUCCCCUCUGCAAUCAGGAUAAUGAGGAGAGGUGCACGGCAGAACUAAGUGUGGCUCUGACCUUCUCCUCAUCAAAAUCCUGCCCUUCCCCUGAGGCAUGGAUGGAUCCUCCCACCUGCCCUGAGCCUUCCGGGCUUCAAGGGACCCAAGACCACCCCCUACUCAGAGUGCCCGCCAUCAGGUCCAGGAGAACAGUCUAUGCUGGCUCUCCCUCGAGACAGGAGCAGGGUCUAGCCUAGGACCCAGACAACACAGCAGGACACUACUGUGGACCCAGAAACAGUGGUUGUGGCCAGCAACAGCUGGAGGGCCAGGAGAGGGAGGCCCAGGGAAACCUGAUGCCCCUCUGUGACCCAGCAGGGUCCAAGUUUGGGGCAACAUGUCCUAGGGAAUAUGGCAAAUGGGCUGGCAGGCCCAUCAUGCACUUGAAGGCCACUGUCCUGGGACAUAGUCUCCUCUCAUCUGCCUCCUCCAGGCUGGUGGCACUGAAGCCACGAGAGAAAUACACUGGCAUGAGUCCCAAGCCAGACACUGCCAAUGGGUACCUACCUGGGCUACAAGCAGAUGCUGCACAAUGGGGACGACCACCUUUCUCCAGUGUGGCUCACUCAUCCAAGGACACAGGCCUUUUUGGCUCUGCCUACCUGGGAUUCCCCCAAAACCAGGCUCAUGCUUCCCACCCCACAAGCAACUCUCCCAGCUUCACUUCCAGGGACAACUCUCCUAUGGGAAACCAUCAUGGAAUGGCCUAGAUCAAGAUGCCCUCCAAGGCCAAAAAACCCUAACAGAGACUUUAUGCCAAGUCACACAGCAAGUUAAUGGCCGGGCCUGGCAGCAAUGUGGGUCUCCUGAGCCUUCACCACCUAAGCCCUAAAGAGAGGGGAGCCAGGCUGAGCUCCAGAACAUAGCCUGCCCAGAGAGAUGAUAACAGACCAGCCGUGACCCCGGCUGCCCAGCGCAGCACUGUGGGCUUUGCAAAUAGGUGCUGGUGGAUGCCAGGCAGAGCUGCUGUCUACCACCGUCAGGAACCUUCUCUGGCAGUGAUGGUCUCCAUGCUUUCCCUCCCACCCCAAUAGAGGAAAGUAAAAGGUCUGUACAGGGUGUGACUCUUCAGAUAUGAUGGGUCUCCAUUCCCUCUUGUCAGGAGCCCCUGGUAUGGUGACAUAUCACAUGUUAUCACUGUGAAAUUGGGCUAGAUCAUCUCAAUGAUGACAUUCUGUAACAGGGUAGCCUCUUACUCAGGGCCAGACAGCUACCUCCGCUCCAGCCACCCACUCUGAGUGGCCUCUCUAAUCCCACCUGAUCCUAGAGUCCUCCAAUGCUGUGAAGCCACCUGUGACUGCAGCUCCACUUAUAGCCAUCCCAGGCCUCUCUAGGCACUGCUACAUCAUCACUGACACCCUACUGCAUCUAGGCAUCUCCCUUUUGGCACUGGGCCUGUCCCAGAGCAGGUACCGGUCACGUGUGCUGGCUGAAAGUUGGCUGGGAUCUACAAAACCAGUGGGAACUCUCUCUCACACAGGAGGGUAGAGAAGGCCUUGACCAGCUUCUGCUUGUAUACCUCAGUGAGAGAGUACCCAUCACCUCCUGGGAAGCCUGUUCCACCCAUCCUGGGGCAGCUCCAAAGUCAAAUAAGAGACUCUCUGAGGAAUGGAUCUAAGGUGACCUCUGGGCCCUUGGAGCUGUAAAGUACAGGCCACCUGGGUCGGCAGGCAGUGAUGGCACUGUUUCCUCAAGUCUUCACACCCAGGGUGGGACCUCUACUGAUGUUCCUGGAGGCCCAUACUUUCUCCUCUCUGAUUACGCUCCUCUGGACAUCUCCAGUGUAUCCUCCUCCUUCCCACACAGGGCACCAUACCUAGAAGCUGUCGUGGGGGACACAGAGCCAGGGGCUCCAUGCUCCAGCUGCUCAGGACAUGCAUGGUUCCCUCAGCCUAAGGUUCCCUCCCCCCAAAUUCUUCCUUUAGACGCCCCCUUCAACCAAGUAGCCACCUCCUCAGGGCAGCCAGUCAUGAGUCCCCCACCUGGGGGAGCUCCCCUGGCACAGGCCACUUUGGAAGGUUUCACCCCUUUCUGCAACACUUUUCACUCCUGGGAUGACCUGUUCAGCAUCUCUCUGCCCCCUGGGGACAGGGCUGAGGAGGUGGAGGAGGAAAAGCAGCCAGGGAGGUAGGGGUUAAACCAGAGAGACACCAUGAGAGGGAGACUUCUGGAGGGAGAGUGAGGGGCACUGGGGCACUAGAGUAGUCAAGCAAGCAUCUGGAGACCUUGGCCACCUGAAGGUUAGGGGUAACUUCAGCCAGGGCUUUGUGGUAGAGUGAUGGGACUGCUGGAAGCAGACUGAAGGCUUGAGGGGUGAGGGAAUGAUGAGAGAACAGUGAAUGUAAAAGUUCGGGCCCCACCAGACGGGUUUCUAAAGAUGUGAGAGAUUUAAGCUUGUUUAGAUGCUGAUGGGAAGAAUCUGGAACAGAAGAUGGCUGUACAGACAAAGGUGCAAACUAGUGGCUGCCCAGGGUCCUGGGGGUGGUGGUGAGGGGACCCAGGUCACUGAUAGAAGGAUCCAAGAGGAGAUGCCUCUGCCACUGGAACGGGGUGGGGGUGCAGAUGCAGUCUUGAGAGGCCUGUUGGCUUCUAUUGUCUCUGUGGAGGAGGAGGUGGGCCAUCUGCCCAGUGAGGAGGUUGGGGGAGGAGAGGGAUGGUGGUUAAGAUGGAGAGGUGGUCUCCCCCUCCUUGGGGGUGGCUGCAGGGUGCUGACUAGGGAGAGCAAGAGGCCGGCUGGGCAGUGACAAGCUGGGCAGGCAUGUCUGGCAGCAGGAAUGACCCACCCAACAGCCAGCUUCCCCGGCCCCAAUCUCGGCAGUGGAGUGGGGGAGGGUGGCUCCAAGCUGGAGGCUUCUGGGAUUCCUCCAGGGCUGGGGAGCUGCCAGCCGGGCGGGACCAUGAGACAGGCGGCCAAGAGAGCUGCGGAUAUUGGCAGAAGAGUGUUCGAGUGAUGGACCAGGGAACCUCAGCUGGGGAGGAAAGGAAAUGAAGAUAGAAGGGGCAGCAGGGAGGAAGCAAGGUUCGGCAUCCUGCUGAGUCUGGAACCCGUGUCCUGCAACGGGCUGAGCAUGGGCUGGAGGGCUUGAGGGCUGUGGGUAGAGACUGGGUGCCUGACUCAGCAAUUUCAGGGGUGGAGCAGUUCCAGGUGGUGACAUGGCCUUGAGUAGCCAUCGGUGGGGGUGGCUGAAAUGGAGAGUAGAGGAACGGAGGAGCCGGUCACUGGAGAUGACGAGGUCAUGGAAGGAGCAUCCACAGGCUCAGACGGGCUGACACGUGGCUGCUGAGCUCUUCCUGAGUGAGGGCAGGAGUGAGGUGGCCAGGAAGACUGGGAGCCACAAUCGCAAUGAAUGGACGGGGCGGGGGAAGUGGCGGACUCGGACCGCCUGCCACAGGAUAGUGCUUGCAGCCAACCUCCAGCAAAGACCUGGCGGCUGUGUAGUCCCAGCCGCGCUCAGAACCCUCUCCGGUUUCACAGCCUGGCAGGCUAAGUCUGCGCCUCUGAGGGCACCAAGACAGCCAGGGGGUAGCAGCACAGGCAAGUGGGGAAGUGGACAGUGGGGUGGGUGACCUUUGACCACUGGCAUGGGGUCUGGCCUCUGCUGGCUGGCCUAGCUGGCAAGGCUAGAAUAUUCACCAGGAAGCUGAAGGAGCCUUGUGCAAACAAGUUGCAGGUGAAGGCUGGGCCCUGGCAAUAAACACACUGCUUCCUGGUAUGGCCUCAGCUCCGGACUUGGGACAGGGACACAUAGGCCCAGGCUAGGGAUCAAAUGACUGAUGGGGUGUGAAGAGUGGCCCCCAAAUGUGGCAGCACACAAUACAUCCCCAUCUCUCGCCCUCUGCCCCAGUAGGACCAUGACAGACAGCAGUGUCAGUACAGGCCCAGCCAGGCCAGCAGUGAGGCCUCCAGGGAAGGAGGCCUGUAGCCAGGAAAGGGCCUGCUUCCCAGUCUCAGCAGGUUCUCUCAGCCCUUUGGGUGUUCCCCUCCUGCCUGAUGAUGGAGCCCUUCUGGCUGCAGCUCCCAUAAUCUUGAGCAAGUGGCUAUUCUCUGCUGGGGGUGGGAAUCAGGCCAGGCAGGCAUCUACCCUAUCCCUGCAGGGACAAGUGAGGUGGAUGUCCUAGGUCCCAAGGAGGAGGAUGGGGGCAGUGUAAUCAGGGGAUGAUCAAAGCUACUCAGUACCCACAGAGUGCCUGGAAACACUUCCCCACAGCACACACUCACCCUCUGCCACCACCUCUGUGGGACAGCCACCUGGUCAGGGGCCAUCUCUUUGUCCACCAGGCCCUUGCUCUGACUCCUGGGCUGCCCCUGCAGAGGGCUCCUCUCUAGCUCCCUGUUCCCACGGGCACACAUGGCAAACAGAAUCUGUCUUGUCCAAGUAGCCGCCCCCACCUGUGGUCCCCAGGGUCCUUCCCUCUCCUCCACUUCUCCAGGAGCUGAGCAGAUGCACAGCUGUGCCAAAGGGUCAGGCAAUGGGAAGCUGUGUAGUCAAGGGUCUUAAGCACUGGGGCUUGCCCAUCCAGGCUUGUGGGGGCUUAUGCCAGAGUUGGGAAAGGCAGCCAGGCAUUCAGUUUCCCCCUACCCCAUCUCCCUGAGACCCAGGGCCAUGGUUUGAGUGAUAGAGAAUGGGUCUCAGGCAGACAGGGCCAGCAGGCCCUGCCCAUCCCCUGGUCCUUGACCCAGCCAUGGGGGUGGGGGCCCAACGAGUGUUCAGUGUGGUAUCCCCAUUUUACAGGUAGGGGCAGGUGGUCCAGGGCUGUUGAAUGACCAGCUCGGUUACCCAGGCUGGGAGGACUCUGAAGGCAGUGUUUGGUGCACAGAAGCACAAAGGCAGCUGGCCUGAGCCCACACUGGUCCAGCUCCUGCAGGAGUGUGAGAAGGCACUACAGGGCACACUCACGUAAUAAAGUCCAGGAAGCUGGCGAGGGGCUCAUAGGCGUGGUUCCUCAUGUGGCGAAAUUCCACCACCAUCUUCUCCUUGAGUCGGUCGUCAAUGACCGAUACUGUGAGCGGAGAUGCCUCGUUGGCCAGGAAGUUGCCGUAGUCAGUACUCUGAAGAUGCAGCUUUAGGUC